UUUUCUCGCGACAGGUCGGUAAGAUGGCUGUGUCUCGCGGAGCCUCGUGCUGGUUUGGUUGAUUUCUAGCUCGCGCUCUCGUUCUGUAACAGAAGCCCCCCCUCCAACACACACACACACACUCACUGGUGUCGGUGAAAUUCAUUUCCCAGCCUCUGUAUUUAUAUAUUUUUUCUUUCACAAACUUUCCCCUCUCUGUUUUAACUUUAAACGGAGUCGCGGUGGAUUACCGGAUACCGGUCCGGGCGGAGGGAAAAGGGGGGAAUGAACCGGGACAACGGGUACGUUGUUAUAAAUAUAAUUGUAUUUAUAUUCAAUGGUUAUUCGGAGUUUGAUUGUGAGUGAGUCGCCGUGCUGAGAGAGAGAGGCAGAGAAAGAGUGGGGGAGAGAGAGAGGGAUAUCAUGGCCGCUCAGGUCGCCAGCGUCGCCACUCUCAACACUAGCCCGCCAUCCGAACUCAAAAAGCCGGAUCGGGACACACAGGAGGAGUCGGUACCGGGAGAGAAACAGCAUGAAAAUAAGGAACCGGGACCUGACGGCGGAUCUCCUGGCCAGAAGGAGCUGCAGGACGGGACCGAUGCUGGAAAUGCUGGGGGAGGAGGGGAUCCUGACAUGAAGAACGGCAACGGGAAUUUACCCAGGGUAAAUAAUAAUAGCAGUAAUCAGAAUGAUACAGGCGGGCCCGAAGGGAAUAACCAUCCCGGGAUGGGACACCACCACCCGGGCCCCUUUCCUCCACCUCCUUACGGUUACAACCAGCACUACAGCCGGCCCCCUUUUCAUCAACAUGGCGGACAACAAAGCCCUGGCAUGGCAGCUGCAUCGGGGCCGGGCAUGAUGGACCCUUACCCCCCUAAUUCACACGAACACGGCUACCCCAACCAUUACAACAACUACAGCCCGUUCCAGAGCAGGACUUCUUAUCAGGGCCAAGGAUACGGGGCCAUGAAUUCCCCGCGUAACAACCAGCCUCCGGCGGCUGGGGGGCAGCCAGGCAAGCAACAGCCAGCAGGAGGAACCACAGCUAUGGCUGCCUCUUAUAAUAAUAAUCAGAGGUAUAACAUGGGAAACCAACAACCUACGUCUACGCCAACUUUAAAUCAGCUUUUGACAUCCCCCAGCUCUGCCAGGAGCUACCCGAAUUACCCCCAAGGAGACUAUAACAAUCAGGAAGGGGCCAACAAGGGACCAGGAGAUAUGGGCAGCACUCAGUAUGGUGGGGUCCAUCCGGGUUGGCAACAAAGGACCCACCAUCCGCCUCCCAUGAGCCCGGGAAACACUGGACAGCCUCCAAACAGAAAUCAGCCUCCAAGCCCGAUGGACCAGGUAGGGAAGAUGCGUGGCCAGCCAUAUGGAGGACCCAACCCUUACUCGCAGCAGCAGCAAGGACCUCCCACAGGACCUGGACCACAGCAGGGAGGCUCUUAUCCAGGGCAGGGCUAUGGACCUCCAGGCCCUCAGAGGUACCCAAUGGGGAUGCAGAGCCGAACACCUGGCACUAUGGGCGGCAUGCAGUAUGGACAGCAGAUGUCAGCCUAUGGACAGCAGGGCCCAGGAGGCUAUAGCCAGCAAAGCCAGGGCUACUAUGGUCAGCACGGUCCACCUCCUCACACCGGCCAGCAGCAACCUCCAUACCCUGGCCAGCCCCAGGGCAGCUCUGGACCUCCCUACCCCCAACAGGGCCAUCCUUCGCAACCUCCAGGCCAACACGGGCAACCAGGACCCCCUUACCAACAAUCCCAAGGUUCCCAUGGCGCUCCUCCAGGUCAGCCUCCCUAUAGCCAGCCCCCACAGUCUCAGCCAGGACAGCCGCCCUAUGUCCCUCCUCAGCAGCAGCAGCAGCCUCAACAGCAGCAGCAGCAGCAGCAGCAGGGUCCUGGUCCUCAAAGUCAGCAGGGCCCUCAAGGCCAGCCAGGGUACCCGCAACCCUCUGGACCACAGCCACCACAGCAGCAGCAGCAGCAACAGCAAGGCCCCCCACAACAACAACAACCACCACAACAGCAACCACAACAACCAGGAGGUCCACCUCCUCAAGCCCAGCAACCUCCAGGUCAUGGCCAGCAGAGUCAACCGUCACCCUACUCACAGACACCACCCCUGCAGCAGCAGCAGCAGCAACAGCAACAACAACCACAACAACAGCAACAGCAGCAGCAACAACAACAACAACAACAACAACAACAACAACAGCAGCAACAGCAACAGUCUCCAUAUCAGAGGUUUCCACCUCCUCCACAGGAACUCUCCCAGGAUUCCUUUAGCUCUCAGUCCAGCGCUCCUACUUCUAACCAGCCCAACAAGAGCAGUCAAGAAGACAGCAUGCAGGCACGGCCAUCCAGUCUGCCGGAUCUGUCUGGCUCCAUCGACGACCUGCCCACCGGUACAGAGGGGGCCUUGAGCCCAGGCGUCAGCACCUCAGGGGUGUCCAGCAGUCAGGGCGAGCAAAGCAACCCAGCCCAGUCGCCUUUCUCCCCGCACACUUCGCCCCACCUGCCAGGCAUACGAGGGCCCUCACCAUCACCUGUGGGCUCUCCUGCUAGCGUCACCCCCUCUCGCACCGGCCCUCUAUCCCCUGCUGCUGUACCAGGUAAUCAGAUGCCUCCCCGGCCGCCCAGCGUCCAGUCGGACAGCAUCAUGCACUCUUCCAUGAACCAGUCAGCCAUGGGCCAGGACAGGGUGUACAUGCGUAACCCUCAGAUGCCUCCUUAUGGGUCCCCUGGACAACCUGGCUCCGCCUUAUCUCCACGCCAGUCUUCAGGAGGCCAGAUGCAUGGUGGGAUGGGACCUUAUCCCCAGAACAAUGCCAUGGGAAACUACGGCCCUCAGGGGGGCCAGUAUGGCCCACAAGGUUAUCCAAGACAGCCUGGCUACACAGGGAUGCCCAACGCCAACUACCCCAGUGGCCCUGGCAUGGGCGGCUCCAUGAAUCCCAUGCCUGGGCAGGGCAGUGGAGGCCCCUAUGGAAGCAUUCCACCUGGCAGAAUAGGUCCUGGGCAGAUGGGUGCUCGGCCCUACGGUCCCGGCAUGGCCCCUAACAUGGGUGGCAUGCCUCCUCAGGUGGGGUCUGGCAUGUGUCCCCCUCCAGGCAUGAACAGGAAGGACGGUGGCCCAUCCAUGCACCACGGACCCACAAACUCGAUACACAACAGGCCACCUGGCUACCCUAACAUGUCCCAGGGCAUGAUGGGAGCAGGCUCUCCAUAUGGUCCAGGCAUGAACAGCAUGCACGGUAUGAUGAACCAGGGAGGGCCAGGGCCUUAUCCAAUGGGAGCAAACAUGGCCAACAACACCCCCGGAAUGGCUCCCAGUUCUGAGUUUGGCAUGGACAAAAUUAACCCUGCCCAGAAGAUGAACAACAAAGUGGAUGGCACUCCCAAGCCUGAAUCCAAAAAGAAGUCGAGCUCUUCCACCAUCACCAAUGAGAAGAUCACCCGUCUGUAUGAGCUUGGGCCAGAGCCAGAGAGGAAGAUGUGGGUGGACCGAUACCUGGCCUUCGCUGAGGAGAAAGCCAUGGGCAUGAACAAUUUGCCCGCUGUGGGUCGCAAACCUCUCGAUCUCUUCAGACUCUACAUAUCCGUCAAAGAGAUCGGAGGCCUCACCCAGGUCAACAAGAACAAGAAAUGGAGGGAACUGGCCACCAACCUGAAUGUGGGCACGUCGAGCAGUGCAGCCAGCUCGCUCAAGAAACAGUACAUCCAAUGUUUGUACGCCUUCGAGUGCAAGAUCGAGCGUGGCGAGGACCCGCCCCCGGACUUCUUCAACACGGACACCAAAAAGAACCAGCCCAAGAUCCAGCCUCCUAGCCCAGCUGGCUCUGGAUCCCUGCAAGGACCCCAAACUCCUCAGUCCACAAGUAGUUCAAUGGCAGAGGGGGGAGACCUGAAGCCCCCCACCCCAGCCUCCACUCCGCACACACAAAUGCCUCCAAUGCCUGGCGUCAGGAGUAGUGUUAGUCUGCAGGACCCCUUUGCUGAUGGCGGAGAUCCUGCAUUUUCCAGAAGGAAUGCUAUGACUCCCAACUCUCAGAGCUACCAGCCUGGCAUUGGUGGCCCAGAGAUGAUGGGCCGAAUGGGUCCCUACGAAUCCAACAAAGACCCCUUCGGAGGCAUGAGGAAAGCUGGAGAACAGUUCAUGCCACCGGGCCCCAACAGUGGAAUGGGGGAACAAUAUAACCGAGGUCCACCAGGUCCAAUGGGCAACAUGCAGAUGGGCCAGAGGCAGCAGUACCCAUAUGGAUACGACCGAAGACAGGAGCCUGGCAUGGGCCCUGACGGCAACAUGGGACCAGGAGCUCCUCAGCCCAACAUGAUGCCUUCUGGAGCUGACACCGGGAUGUACUCGCCUAGCCGUCCUCCAACACAGCAACGACAUGAGUCCUAUACAAAUCAGUACCCUGGCCAAGGAGCUCCCCCUAGUGGCCCAUACACAAAUCAACAGCCAGGAAUGUAUCCACAGCAGCAGCCGAACUACAAGCGUCCUGUAGAUGGAGGGUAUGGCCCUCCAGCCAAGCGCCAUGAGGGAGAAAUGUAUAACGUUCCUUAUAGUGGUCAGCAGCAGCCUGGACCCCAGUCUUCAGGGCCCCAAGGCCAACAGGACAUGUAUAAUCAGUACAAUGCAUACCCUGGAGGGGACCGCAGGCCACCAGGCCCACAGAACCAGUUCCCUUUUCCUUUUGGACGAGACAGAGGGCCAUCAUCUGCGGGUCCAAACUCCCAGUCUCCAAUGCCUCCCCAGAUGAUGGCAAGCCCCAUGCCUUCAGGUCCUGAUGGCUCCCAGGGCCCAAUGUGGCAGGGCCGCAAUGAGAUGGGCUACCCCAACUAUCCCAACCGACAGGGACCUCCUGUACCAGGCCAGGGCCCCAGUUACCACGGCAUGAAUCGCUCAGAGGAGAUGAUGCAAUCAGAUCAGCGCAUGAACCAUGAGGGACAAUGGCCUGGCCACGUCAAUCAGCGGCAGCCACCAUUUGGCCCUGCUGGCUCUGGACCUCCCAUGACCAGACCCCUCCCCUCCACUUACCCGACUUCGCAGAACCACAUUCCUCAGGUGUCAAGCCCAGCACCCAUGCCCCGGCCCAUGGAGAGCAGGACGUCGCCCAGCAAGUAUCCCCCAAUGCAUCCUGGCAGUAAGGUGCAGAAAGCUGGACCUCCAGUGCCCGCCUCCCACAUUGGUCAAGUCCCUGUGCAGCAACCCAUGAUCCGGCGAGAUGUGGCCUUCCCUCCUGGCUCUGUUGAGGCUUCCCAACCCCACCUUAAACCACGCAGGCGACUCACAAUGAAAGACAUUGGCACUCCUGAGGCUUGGAGAGUAAUGAUGUCACUAAAGUCAGGCUUAUUAGCUGAAAGCACCUGGGCCUUGGACACCAUUAACAUUUUACUGUAUGAUGACAACAGCAUUACCACUUUUAACCUAUGUCAGCUACCUGGAUUCCUGGAGCUGGUAGUGGAGUACUUCAGACGCUGCCUCAUUGAGAUCUUUGGCAUCUUAAAGGAGUACGAAGUAGGAGACCCAGGCCAGCGAACCCUAAUAGACCCCAAUGCAGCCGAGGACUCUGAUGAUGAAAUUCCCAUGCCUGAGGGCGAGGACAUGGACACAGAUGAGGAGGAAGAGGAGGAGGAGGAUGAGGAGGUAGAGGAAACCAAGACCAAUCCUGACACCUCCUCACUGGUCCGUGUAAAAGAGGAGGAGGAGGAGAGCUCCCAGAGAGAUAAGUCAUCAGAGGAUGAGGAAGAGGAGAAGGAAAGGGUGUCCUCUGUCAAGGAAGCUAAUACCUCUACCUCAGGGUCCUCCCAGGACCCCAACCUCCACUCGGAAAAGCCCAGACAGGCUAGCAAGUUUGAUAAACUUCCCAUCAAGGUGGUGCGGAAGAAGAAUCCCUUCCUUGUAAACCACUUGUCUAAACUUGGGCAGCGGCAGAGCUUUGACAGUGGCCUGAUACACUGGAGCAUUGGUGGAGGUGACACUACCGAGCACAUCCAGACCCACUUUGAGAGCCGAAUGGAACUUCUCAAGCAGAGGAAACGGCCUGCAGCCACUGAGAGCCGCAAGAAGGUCCAGGUGCCUGGAACGGCAACAGAAAACCACGAGAAAUCCAAGUCCAAUGGAGAGGAUAAAGCUCGAGUGCAGCAGCUGCAGUCUUGUGAACCUCACAAGUCUCCAGUGGAGAAGACCCCUCCUCCUCUUCCCAUUGGGGCACCAGUCACUGCCACCAUUGAUGAUGUACUAUCUGCUCGCCCAGGGUCAGUCACAGAGGAAGUGGUUCGUGGUGGUGCCGAGGAGCAGAAGGAGAACGGCAAGUACCUGUUCAGUAUCAACCCUGACCUCCAGAGCCGCCGCAACAUCAAGAUCCUGGAAGACGAGCCCCACAGCAAGGAUGAGACGCCGCUCAGCACUCUGUCGGACUGGCAGGACUCAUUGGCUCGGCGCUGCAUCUGCGUUUCCAACAUAGUGCGGAGCCUCUCCUUCAUCCCUGGGAACGACUUGGAGAUGUCGAAACACCCAGGCCUGCUGCUGCUGUUGGGCCGCCUGGUGCUGCUCCACCACAGGCACCCCGAACGCAAACAGGCACCGGUUACCUACGAGAAGGAGGAGGAGGAGGAUGAAGGCGUGAGCUGCGAGAGAGACGAGUGGUGGUGGGACUGCCUCGAGGUGUUGAGGGAGAACUGCUUGGUCACUCUGGCAAACAUCUCAGGCCAGCUGGACCUUUCUAUCUAUCCAGAGAGUAUAUGCCUGCCGCUGCUGGAUGGCCUGCUCCACUGGGCUGUCUGCCCUUCGGCGGAGGCCUUGGACCCCUUCCCCACACUGGGGCCCCACGGCUCCCUUUCACCCCAGAGACUGGUCCUCGAGACCCUCAGCAAGCUCAGCAUCCAGGACAACAAUGUCGACCUCAUUCUGGCAACGCCACCGUUCAGCCGCUUGGAGAAGCUCUACGGCUCGCUUGUGCGCCUGGUGGGCGAGCGCAAGGUAGCCGUUUGCCGGGAAAUGGCGGUCGUCCUGCUAGCUAACUUGGCCCAGGGAGACAGUCUGGCUGCGCGGGCUAUUGCUGUGCAGAAAGGCAGUGUGGGUAACCUACUGGGCUUUCUGGAGGACAGCCUAGCAGCCACGCAGUACCAGCAGAGCCAGAGCUCCCUGCUACAAAUGCAGAGUGGGCCACAUUUUGAGCCUACUAGUGUGGACAUGAUGCGGCGGGCGGCUCGGGCCCUGCACGCUUUGGCUAAGGUAGAAGAAAACCACUCGGAGUUCACUUUGUACGAGUCGCGGCUACUGGACAUCUCAGUGUCCCCACUUAUGAACUCCCUGGUGUCCCAAGUAAUCUGUGACGUACUGUUUCUGAUUGGCCAGUCAUGACAGCCGUGGGGAGGUUUCAGCUCCGCCUCUUUCCGUUCCCCCUCAACCCCCUUUUUUUGUGUGAGUGCGUGUGCGUCUGUUGCGCGUGAGUGAAAAGAGCAAAACUGACUGUCCUUUUUUUUUUUUUUUUAAUUUAUGCAAAAUCACCUCGGAUUCCACUGUCUUUCUACCCCUGCUUCUCACUAAAGGAAGGAAUAUCAUGAAGUAGCUGUGGAUUUUAAAUGUCUGAAAUGGAAAGAUACAGGCAAGGAAGAGCAGACUGGGACCCAGGCAUAGGACAGAGUGCGCUGCCCUGCGGAAAGGACUUGUUUUUUAAUGAAAAGAAAAAUCUCCAGAAAAAAAAAAAGAAAAAAAACUGUAACCAAAGUUGCUGUCUCGUUUACAGUGAGUUUGGGGGAUACAUGUGCUCGCUUUCUCCCUCGGGGGGUCAGCAGGGGGAAGAGGGCACAGACUAAACAAUAUUAUGGUUCAUGUUUGGAGGCAACAUAGACUCACGGACUGUGGUGUGGUAUAAUUGCUGUAACUUUGGAUGCUAUAUACUCAGCCCCACAGGAACCACAUUAUUGGCUGUGAACAGACAUCUGUCAUGGGAGGCCUGUGCAGUAGAUUGUAGGACUUUUUUCUGUACUGUACACCUUAAAAACUGUAAACAUACUGUAAUAAUACUGUUUCACACUGAGAUACGCUGGCUUGGCAGCAAACUGUAGUUUUUAAAAACAGUUUUAGUUAAUGUCGAGAGAGAAAACGGCUUUCCCCCCAAAGUAUGGUGAACCUACAACACCCCGACCUCUUCUCUUUGUCCCUUGAUUGUAUGACUUGACCCUUAUAUAAAAAAGUCACCUCUUUAGGACUGGUCCUCAACUCUAGAUGCAGUCCAAGCUGCAGUGUAUAUAUGAUGUUGUACAUUACACUUCUCUUUCUCUCUCUCUUUCUCAAAAUUCUGUUGCUCUUCACCAUUUUUAAUCUUUGACGAUUACAAGUUUCCCUGCAUCAAGUACGCCAUGUGAUUACUUGACGCCCACCCUCUCCGUUACUUCGGCGCCUCACCCUGCUCGUAUCGCGCUCCGGGGGGUGUUUAGCUGCUGUCCAACGCCACCCCCCACCUUCCAACAAACACAACUUCAAGUUUCAGUUUGUCUCCGGUUCUGGGUGUAGAGAAUAUUAACAAGAAUCACGUCUGCGGUUCCAUUUGAGCUCCUUCAUAAAUGACAAACUAGACCUUGAUGAAGAAACCGUUUUAAUUUUGUUUAUUUUGUUUUUAAUUUUUGUUUGUUUUUGUUUUUUUUUUCCAGUGAUGCGGAUUCUGCAUAUUUGUAUUUCAGAUGAUGUAGCUAAAAACUUGAUGUAAAUUCCUCUUUUUUCCUUUUUUUGGCUUAAUGAAUAUCAUUUAUUCAGUAUGAAAUCUUUAUACUAUAUGUUCCACGUGUUAAGAAUAAAUGUACAUUAAAUCUU